AUGAACAGGAGCGUAGUUCUCAUGCAUCACAAUGACGAGGUGAAAGAACUCGAAAGGUCCACAAGAGGUGUUUUUGGUGCAAUAGUUCGGUUGAGGAUCGACAUUACAUUGCAUUGCUUCACUUUGAAGGGUGAGGAGAUCGUUGUCUCUCUGAACGAUGAGCUGAAUUCGAAUGUUCUGGUGAAUCCGGAGGAAUGGAUCAAGUACCUUGGAUCCAAAGUGACUUCCACAGGCGACAUUGAUCAAGAAGGUCGAGCAAGUGUAAAUGCGGCAUGGAUGGAGUGGCAAAUGAAAACAGGCGACGGUUGUGCGUCCUGUUGCCCUUUGCGGAUAGGUGUAACGCUAAAAGGCGUGAAGCCCGCAGCAGACCAAGGAUUCGCUGGUUGGACCGUGUGA